GCGUUCCCUACACCAACAGCCAUGAUCCUUAGACGUCUCCAACCUCUUCUACAUCCACAACCACGCUGCUACAAACUUUCUUUCACACACAGGAAUGUACCGCGCGCCAGGUAUCGCGCCAGUAUCAUUACACCAUCCCGUGCCAUUCAAACUGGACCAUUUCAAGUCACAUCCUCUGUCUGCGCAUCAAAAGACCCUAGUCUGGUACACAUGACAUCAGGGAUUAUGCCCUCUAUGUUCUCUCCUUCAGAACCAGAGCCCUCGGAACAAGAUGACAUAUCUGAUCAGGAGUGGGAAAUCCGAACAGGUCGUGCGAUCUACAUCCUCCAGCAAACCCUUCCAAAAUUUUUUCACCUGGGCCUCGUGGCUCACAUUGACCCAAGUAAAGCACCCGUCAUUGCAGAAGCGUCAGGGAAAGGAGACGUGGAGAGCAUAUAUAGUGCUAAAGUACGGCUGUUGUAUACGCCUCCUGUUCCCCUGCCUUCCCCAUUUCCAAGAACACUGCAUAUAGAAGGUUUGCCGUUAUAUAUGGCUUCUUCUGUGUUCAUUCGACACACCAUGAAGACGCUUUACUCUGAUUUACACGUGACAUUGCGGAAAAUGACAGUGCAGUCUGCUGCAUCAUCACAAGCUAAGAGCGAGGAGCCAUAUGCAAAACGCGAGAAAAACUUUCAUCGAAGGGAAAAGAGUUUAUUUGUGAGCUUGUGCGUCACAGGAACUACGCGAGUGAGUGGUGGUCGGGGGCAAUGGGAAAUUGACUCAACCUACGGUUUUUCGCCUAUAUCUGGACUCAUCCAUACUCACACCAUUAACUCGAUCCAGCCCGCUCCUCAUCAGGCUGUUUACGAUACUCUAAGAUCCUCGUUGAUGAGUGUCUUUGGAAUAAGUGGUGGUGAACCAGGGACCAUCAGACCUGAAGAAGUGAGGGUUAGUGGUGCAAAAUUCAAAUGUGAGGGGCCAGCACGUAAAUAUGAGUGAGAUCGAUGGAGGUUUUCGAGGUGAGGAUACUCUGGCGGGGUAUGCUGUACCAUUCUCGUCACUUAAUUUUAAUACCAAUUGUGAUGUAACAUGCGUUUUUCAUGUACACCAUACAU